AUAUAACCACACAAUUCAUGAAUCAAAACCAACAUACAUUAUUAUUCAAUUGUAAUAUAUAGAACAUCUUCAUCUUCUAUAUAUCUAGGAAUAACCCAUUGCUAUAUCUAUCAUUUUUAUGGCUCCAUCAUUAGAGAGCAAUAAAAAUGUUGUUAUUGAUGAUGAAUCCAAUAAGAAUCUUCUUAAAGAAGAAGAAGAAGAUGGAAUGCUUUUUGCAAUGGACUUGGGGGUUUUAGUGGCGUUUCCAAUGGCUGUUAAGACUGCAUUUGAGCUUGGAAUCUUCGACAUAAUAGCCAAAGGUGGUGAACAUGCAAAGUUCUCAUCUGAAGAUAUUGCAUCAAAGAUUGGUAGCACAAACCCUAAUGCACCAUCAAUGGUGGAUCGUCUUCUUAGGCUACUUGCAAGUCAUUCUUUGCUGUCUUGUUCAUCACUUCCUCAAGUCACCAAAGAUGAAGAUGAUCAAGAACAUGGGCUUAUUGCAUCUGCUCAUAAGACUGUGUAUAGUCUUACAGCUGCUUCCAAAUAUUUUGUGACUGAUGAUGAUGGUGUCAAUUUUGGACACACUUUGAGCUUGAUUCUGGACAAGGUUGUCUUGGAAAGCUGGAGUGAACUGAAAGGAGCAAUAUUGGAAGGAGGUGUGCCAUUUGUUAGGGCUAAUGGGAUGCACACAUUUGAGUACCCAAGUGUGGAUCCAAGGUUCAAUGAUGUGUUCAACAAAGCUAUGAUAAGCCACACAACCAUAGUGAUGAAGAGGGUUCUUGAGUCCUAUGAAGGUUUCAACAACAUUAACACUCUAAUUGAUGUUGGUGGUGGUCUUGGUUUCAAUCUCAAAAUGAUCACUUCCAAAUAUCCAAAUAUCAAUGCUAUUAACUUUGUUUUUUGUUAA